AAAAUCCUCGAUGUCAAAAUACUUGACCGAGCUGGGACUUUGGCCUCCCACUGGCCACUGGCCCUCACCGUUGGCUGCUGUCAGCCAGGAACCCUCUCUCUUUCUCUCUCUGCGCUGCGAUUCUCCAACCCCCACUCAUCUUAAAUGGCACGACAGAUUGCAGUUCUAACUGCUCCGGGAAGCCUUGUAUUUUUCAAAGGUGGAGCAAAACGUUCAGGUUGGGCUCAGCUCUUAUCCGAUGCUCCUCUGACUCUGAAAGUAUCAGGGACGAAGCUGUCGUCGUCGGUAAGCUGUAGAAGGAAGGGGUUUGGAUCUUUUGGUUCGGAGGGAUCAAGGAGCUUCGAAGUUGUUGCCAUGGUAUCCAACGGUCAAGCUUACCGGUUAUCUGAUACCCUGCCAGAUCAUUAUAUUAAGCCGUCACAUCGAGAUACGCCGCCGAAAAUGAAGAGCUCAAGCCGAUUGUUCACGAUCGGGCUCGUGGCCUCCUGGUACUCCUCCAACAUUGGGGUCCUUUUGCUCAACAAGUACUUGCUCAGUAACUACGGCUUCAAGUACCCGAUCUUCCUCACCAUGUGCCAUAUGACCGCUUGCUCUCUGCUCAGCUACGUCGCCAUCGCCUGGAUGAAGAUUGUCCCCAUGCAGACCAUUCGGUCCCGAGUCCAGUUCUUCAAGAUCUCCGCGCUCAGCCUCGUCUUUUGCGUGUCGGUCGUCUUCGGCAACGUCUCUCUCCGGUUCUUGCCUGUCUCCUUCAACCAGGCUAUCGGGGCCACGACGCCGUUUUUCACCGCGGUUUUUGCCUACCUCAUGACCUUGAAGAGGGAGGCUUGGCUUACCUAUGUGACCCUCAUUCCUGUUGUUACUGGGGUCAUCAUCGCAAGCGGGGGUGAACCAAGUUUCCAUCUGUUUGGGUUCAUAUUUUGUGUUGCAGCUACAGCUGCAAGGGCACUCAAAUCAGUUCUGCAAGGGAUUUUGCUGUCUUCUGAAGGGGAGAAGCUGAAUUCUAUGAACCUUCUUCUUUACAUGGCUCCAAUAGCUGUUGUCUUUCUGCUACCUGCAACACUUAUUAUGGAAGAAAAUGUGGUUGGCAUCACCCUGGCUCUCGCCAGAGAUGAUUUUAAGAUCAUCUGGUAUCUACUAUUCAACUCGGCACUGGCAUAUUUUGUGAACCUGACCAAUUUCUUGGUCACCAAACACACCAGUGCUCUUACUCUCCAGGUAUUAGGAAAUGCAAAAGGGGCAGUGGCUGUGGUGGUUUCAAUUUUAAUUUUUAGAAAUCCUGUCUCGGUUACUGGAAUGCUCGGUUAUGCACUCACAGUCUUCGGAGUUAUACUCUACAGUGAAGCCAAGAAACGAAGCAAAUGACAUCAUUAUGGGAGUGAAUUAAGUGGAUUUUUCUAUAAUUCAAUUUUCUAAAGCAAGUACAGCAUUGACGCAAAUGGAGGGGAGUUUUGGCGAUCAUGGUUGGUGCCUUGGUUCUUCCCUCUAAUAUUUUUUCUACCUUUGCCCGGAAGCCUCAGAGAUUGGCUUCCACUUGUAUCAGCAAAAAUUCAGGAUUAGCCUUAAAAGUAGAAAAAGUUCAAUAAGCGACUUAUAUGCCUCUAUUAUUCCCGUCUGAGGGUUUUGGAGGAAUGUCUGGAAAUGCUUUCUCAUUCUUUCAGGAAGGGUUUGUAGAAUUGGGUCUCAACACAGUCAGUCUGUUAUUAACAUUCCAAAUAUUGAUUAAUUAAUGAAAAGCAUACAUAAUCUUUCCAUUC